GAAUACUGUUCACAGGUGCUGGCCAUUAACCAAAGAUGCAUCUCAGAUCGCAACUACUUUUCUGUAUCGUCUACACUGUUCUUUUAUCCCACGCCAAACCACAUAAGGAGAGUCGAGAUGAAAAAGAGCACUUCCCAGACGACCCCGAAAGACACGAUGUCAACUUCGACCACAACGCCUUUCUUGGCGAAGAGACGGCCAAAGAAUAUGCUAAACUGACGAGGGAGCAGAGUCGCGAGAAGCUCAAAGAGAUUGUGAAGAAAAUUGACACAAAUCACGAUGGUAAAGUGACUGAGAAGGAGUUGAAAGACUGGAUAACUGAUGUUGGAGAGCAAAGUAGAAAGCAAGUGACUGAUAAGCGCUGGGUUGGUGUUAACCCUCGAGGACUUGACCCUCUACCCUGGAAAGAAUACACAGAGGGCUCCUUCGGAAGUGAAGAAGAACGUCUGAAAGACGUCGCUGGUGCAGAACAGUAUAAACAGCUUGUUCGCAGAGAAAAGCGUCGAUGGGACGCGGCAGAUCAGAAUAAAGAUGGCGCCCUGUCAAAGAACGAAUUUAUGGAUUUUCUUCAUCCUGAAGAUAGAGUGCACAUGAAAGAUGCUAUCAUAGAGGAACUCUUGGAAACAGUCGAUAUGGACAAGGACGGCAAAGUGUCCGAAAAAGAGUACCUAGAUGAUCUUGCCAGGUCCUACCAAACCCCACUGGUUCCAGGUCAGCCUGAUCCAGACUGGGUUGCUCGGGAACGUGAACAGUAUCAGAAGUAUCGUGACCUCGAUCACAAUGGAUAUAUGGACAAAGCCGAAGUCGGAGAAUGGAUAAUGCCGGCAGAUUAUGAUGCUGUGGAUGCAGAGACACAGCAUUUGUUCUACCAUGCUGAUUCUGAUAAAGAUAAUGUGUUGACAGAGCAAGAGAUUCUGGAUCAACAAGACCUCUUUGUCAGCAGUCAAGCAACGAACUACGGAACUGUACUGGAGCAACACCAAGAAUUGUGAUUUGGAUAAAAGGCUUUUAUUGCGAAAAACAUUGCCUUUACUCUUCCGAUCUGCCAGUGCUUCCAUGCCACAUUCUGUUUUCAACUUGCUACGUAGCACAACUCUUUUUGCGCAUUUGGAUAAUAAAAUGGGAUCAGCUAAAUACAAAUGCUGUUAUCUCGCACAUAUCUGCAGCUCAAUCAUAUAUUCGACAUACUCUCAAUAAUCGACGAGGGCAUACACCCACAUCUACACUAUCGACUGGUUGAAGCCAACCAAGUCAUCUUACAAAAGGAAGAAAGCUGCUUGAGUGUUUGAGAUCGCAUGCAC